UAUUAUAUAUAUAUUAUAUAUAUAAGGGGUGUGGGAAGAGAAGUGCGUUCUCUCGCAUCGACCUGGAAUGCUGCCGUGUUUUGAUGUGCCUACUAUUGCGCAUGAAAAAAUUCUCCUGCCCUUGACAAUAGCCUAUUUACCCGAACCAGGCCGCCUUUAUACCGCGCUUACCAGUGAUAACAGGGGUUCAACCACCCACCUACGUGUGCAUCGCCUGUCCCACUCUCUUUUUCUCUACCUCUACGUAUUUCCUCUAAACGUAUAAGCAGCAAACGAACGAGCGGCCACGAGCGUGCGCGCGCGCGCACACACGCUUCUGCGUGUAUUGUGUACACGUGAAAACGCCCGCGUGUGGCUGUCCUCUGUAUCAUCGUGUAUACAACAGUUUCUUUAUAUGUUCCUGCCUGCCUGUCUGCUACGUAUAUACGCACCAAUCAUUCCUGGUGAACGCAAUAAAUUGCAUUAUUCGACGUGAUAAUAAACAGGCACGCAAUUGCCUGAUUUUAAGCUCGGAUCAACAAUUCCUCCAGGUUCUUGUGUAAUUCCCCGAUCAAAGAUAUUCGCAGAUGCGAAAUAUGUAAAUGCUAGUGAAUGACUUGACUGUUCACUUCGUGGAUUUUGUGCAAUCUCCAGCCCUGGGAUACCACGAGGAGCCACGAAUCGUGGCGGGCGAAAUUAGAUGAAACCGCGUGACAGGUGGAAUACAAAAUCCAUCGAGAACCGUAAUCACGAAAAGAAAUAUCAUCAACUUUUACGUUUUAUCAAGAAAUUCAGUUCACGAAGUGUCGUUGAUUUCUUCUCGAAGGACCAAUCAUUCUUUUAAUUUUCUAACCUCAGUAAACGUGAUUAGUCGACGAUACGUAUUCGUCUGAAUCGCAUCAAAGAGACCGAUCCAUGCGACGCCCUUAGUACACACUGAGUGCACAUGCACUGUGGUGGCGUGUUAUUGCUUAUUUACCCCUGACACGUGCUUCCACCGUUGGCGUGCCUCGAGUACAACGAUAUCGACGACAACUUUUCCACGACAAAGGCAGCGCGGCGGACACGUUGCUUUGAAAGGAAAGAACAAGAACACGAUCGCACGGCUUUUCAAAGGUGUUGUUUUGAAUUUAUCUUUACGUCGAUGACCUCAAAUAAUAGUGCUGAUUGAGAUAUCUACAUAUGUGGUGUUUCUGCAGUGAAAAAAAAAUCGUUCGGAACUGUGCUUCUUAAAGCGAACUGCUACUCUGACAACGUGGGUGGGAACGUGUAUUCUACCACAAUGAACUAUCGAUAUAGCGUGUUGGAGUAGAUGUGCGUAAUGAAUUGAUUAUCCGUAAUAAUUUAUGUACCAUAUAAAUGGUACAAUAUAACGCGUCAAUAGAGAAGGCACAAAACUUUUGGCGACAACGGCCUUUUUCGAUCGUCGCUGUGACGAUGUCUUCAAGCAGAAAUUUAGUCUCCCCCUCAGGAGGUCCUGUUGUUCUCUCCGGACACGUGAAGAAGCUAAAAACUCAGAAGAAGAAAUUCUUCGUGCUGCGUGGCGAGGCACCAGGAUAUCCUGCGUGCCUCGAAUAUUACGAUAGCAAAAAGAAAUUUGAAAACAGGCAGCCACCGAAGCGUAGCAUUUUGUUGAACAGUUGCUUUAAUAUUAAUAGACGCAUGGACACCAAACACAAACAUGUUAUCGCAUUGUACACGAAAGACGAAUGCUUUUGCUUGAUUCUGGAGAGCGAAAAAGAACUGGACGAAUGGCUGAAAGCGAUGCUUUUACUUCAGAGCGGAGAUGUAGCUGAUGGAGAGCAACCUCGGCCUAUAUUUGAACAUGUAUGGCAAGUUACAAUGCAGAAAAAAGGAUUAGGUGAAAGAUACAACAUUCAUGGCCCUUAUAGGCUAUGUUUAACUGAUCGAACAUUACGUUUGGUGAAAAUUGGGGCAAAGGAUAAUUCAGAUCCUAGUUUUCCUAGUUUUCUAGAUUUUCCGCUAACUCGUAUCAGAAGAUGUGGAUAUAUGGAACGUAUCUUUUAUAUGGAAGUGGGUCGUUCAGCUGUCACUGGUGGUGGUGAAUUGUGGAUGGAAGCAGAAGACAGUAACAUAGCAAAUAACAUGCAUGAUGCUAUUAUGAAUUCCAUGAGCAAUUCAGGACCACGCGAAAGAGUUCAUAGUUCUUCUGCUGCUGAUGCCAGUGUAUUACAAUCUAGACAUACUGGAUCAAGAUUCCAUAAUUCUCCAUUAGAAAAGAAAAGUAAUUGUACAACAGUGAGAGCUGUAUGGUUUGCAGUCGUUGCUGGUACCGGGGCUGGGACUGCUGGGAUUGCCUCGACUAAUACCAACUGUGCCACUACCACUAGACGUCGUCAUUCGGUAGCGAGUCAUCCCCAAUCCGUCAAUAAUUCCCAAUCCGUUCAUGUUACAACAAUUACAACAACUACAACAACAACCACUACUAUUACCAUCACUACGACCGCUACCGUGACCACCACAACCACAACCGCGACAAUUUCCCAUCAGAGAACCUUGUCGCUGCCCUUAGCUGCCAUUAUCAAUCAAAUACAAUCAUCCAAAAGAUCAGUUUUACGCUAGUUAUCCUAGGAGUUCUCCUUUUGUACCUCACGUGUUGAGACCGCAUUCUGUGUAUGUAAUGAAAGGAGUAUCCUACUCACCACCGAUUACUUCGAUGCCUAUCAGUCCUGCUUCCGGCGCAUGUUCUACAGACUCCGCGGGAUCAUCCCUUUCAAUGGAUGAUGGUGGUGAAAAUGUAUUAGAAGAGGGUACUGUUUCAAGAUACGGCCACUCUUUGACACCUGAUGAACCUGUUAUUUUAGAAGAGAAUGGUGAUGAUUAUGCUCCAUGGUCUACAUCUCAUUCGCAUCAUAAAUAUUCACCAAAUUUCAAAUCGCAUUCUCCUUCUCAGCAAAGUUCCUAUAUAGAAAUGUGCAGCCCUUGUGGAUCAAGUCCUGGUCGCAGCGGAGCCUACAUGCCAAUGAAUUCAGGAACGGGACAUUCGCAUUCACGUGGGUCUUCCCUUGUAGAGGAAUCAAAUACUUUACCGGAAGGUUAUGUACCUAUGGCACCUGUUGGAAACAACGGGUAUGUCGACAUGGAUCCUUCACAUAAUCACAAUGGCCAUUUCUCCGAUGAUCUGUCCCACGGUGGCAGUAGCUGUUCCGUUACAUCUGGAACACCUAGUACAGAUUUACGAUUUUCUGAGUAUCAUUUAGAUAAAGUAACGAGUUUUCUCCCACCUGGAGAAGAUUUACAAGCUAGACCAGCAAGAGCCUAUUCUAUUGGAUCUCGGCCAGAACCUGUAAAUAGGCAUCGUAAAAAUAGACUGGAUAUUACUCAGCAAGAAACUAGUAGAGUGCGAGCGUUCUCUGUAGGUAGCAGAUCUAAAAGACCUGAAAUCGGAAGAUUAGCAAAUAUAGUCACUGCACCGUUACCAGUUGGUUGUGAAAGCACGACCUCGAAUAAGUCGAAUUCAGCACCGUUAUUGUCGAGCUCUUGGGGACACAAUUCCGGUUGUUCUUUAACUUCUGAACGGAUGGAGGACCUAAUGGAAUUGGACUUUACGAAACCUAGUAUUUCGACAACCUUUAACUCACCUCCUUCAUCUUAUUCGCAGUCGCAAUCUCAAUCACAUUCGUAUUCUACUGCCACCGAUAUCAGUUCCUACGUUGAUAUGUCUCCUGGACAACCGCCAUCGUCGACCACUGCCCCAUACGUCGAUAUGACCCGCAUAAAUAAGAUUAAUCGUAAUAACAAUAAUAAUACAAUCACUGCCAAUCAGAAUCAUAGUCACGUACAUGUAUCGUCCUCUGCUUCUAUACAUAAACCUGUAAUUACUACUUUGAAGCCAGUGGAAGAAGCAGAAGGACCAUACAUGAGAAUGGAUGGUAUAAUGGAGGAUUGGUCACAAUCCGAUACAAGCCCUAAACAAAUUUCCUCGCCUAUGCAAGAGGAAUGUGUGCAAUCAAAUGGACCGCCAGGAGCUACGAGAACAGCACCGGUCGAUCUUCCACGGCGACCACCUGCCGACUAUGUUGAUAUGAGUUUCAAAUCAAGAACAAGCUUAGAGCAAGACUACAUAAAUAUGAAUAUGAGCAGUCGAAACAGUCGUAAACCAAUAGCAACACGAACUGGUAGUCGAAAAGAAAAGUCACGUUCGCAGCCAAUUGCGAUCCAAGCGGGAAAUAAACCUAUAAAAACGCCUAGUUUCUUACCUCUAAACGGAAGUCCGGAAUCAGAAAGUUUAGCAAGUACACCCGCGACACCGCCACGAGCAACUCCAACAGGUUCCUCAGCGACUAUUUUUCCUUUUUCCUUAAACAGUCCACAAUCACCAGAGAAAUCAUUUACUCAUCAAAAAAAUACUGACGAAUCUUCACAACUGAAUAUGACUUCUAAACGUAGUACGAUUGCGAAAACUACGAAUAGUAGUAGAGUGAGCACGGUCAAUUCUAUUUUUGUAACGGAGGCGAAUAACACUUUGCCGAAAGUAAUUAAUGAUAGACCGUCUAGUCCUACAAGGAAGGAUAGUCAAGUUAGCCGCGUAAUAUCAAACAACUCGUUGACCUCGCAAGAUAGUACGUUGAACACUGUAACAAAAAAGUUUUCUGAUUUAAACGUAUCAUCGAAGCCACGUUUGAUCACUGCAUCUCCAAACACCAGUCCGACGUUAUCUGGUUUUAAACCAACCAUCGAAAAACAACCUACGUCGCCCAAAAUACCAGAUGAAACGCCAACACCUACACCUACCGCUAUGCCAAGUCCGUUAGAAAAGGAGAAUUUCGAUAAAGUGCAACUUGAUACGGAAAUUUUGCACUACGCUAGUCUAGAUCUUCCUGAGGUUGUUAACGCCGUACCUAUUUCGUCAGCGUCCCAAGAAGGCUUCAAUUAUGCUAAAAUUGAUUUCGCUAAACUUAAAUAAAACUGAACGGCCAUUAUUCGAAAUAGACGAAUGGCGGCAUCAAUAUUAUAUGUAUAUGCAUCACGUGUCGUAAAAUGGUAUAUCGAUUUUCUUCAUUGACGAAUAUCAACAGGACAAUCGAUCGUUCUAACAUUGGUCGAGCUGAAUUGAUUAGAAAACUUCAGUUUUUAAUUGAAUCAGGGGUGCUGGAUGUAAAGUAUAAGUAGACAAGCUUUGUUUCUUUAUUCUUAAAUUUUAAAUUGAAAUCAUUUUAUUCAUUGUACGUUUCUGGCUCUGCCAAAAAGGCAAAGGAUACAAUUUGUAUACAAUUUGUAGUCUUUUUAUUGAGCAUAACAAUUAUGGAGAAUAUUGUUGUAAGUUAAUCUCUUUUCGAGCUUAAGUAUUAUUACCUUCCAUUACUCUAUGAUUUUUGAAACGUAUAAAUUAUUUUCCCCGUUUUUCCAUUUUUCUUAUUCUUUUUUUUUUUAUAUGAAUUAUUUUUCCAAUGAAAAAACAUUGAUAUUAAGAAUGAAAUUGAAAUUUUAUCGCGUUCUACUUGCUCUGGAAGCAAACGUUAUAAGUAGUAUUUUAUGUUGUAAAAAUAGACAUAGUUGUCAAUUUAGAAAAAAAAAGAAAAGAAAAGAA